AUGAGACCAAAGCUAACUACACUUUUUAAUUGUACCACAGAGACAGUAGAAGAAACCAAGAAGAGGGGAGGUGGAAAAGUUCCGAAAAGGACAAUAGAAAUAGAAACUGAAGAGGAAACCACUAAAAGGAAAGGUAGACCAGCACCAAAAAAGACGAUAGAAAUAGAAACUGUAGACGUAAGUACAAAGAGGGGAGCUCCACGUGCCCCAAGAAGGACAAUAGGAAUAGAAACUGUAGUGGAUACAACCAAAAUUGGAGUACCGAAGCGUAGAACUGGAAUAGAGGCUGUAGUAGAUGCAAGAAAGAGAAAGAAAAUAAUAGGUACAGCCAUUGAUGCAGUAGAAGUUUUAUUCCGCCCACCAAAACGACGCAAAGGUGGUAUCAAGAUAGCCGGUAGACGAACUGGCAAUCAACAUAUACGCGUACAUGUUGGCGGAAAAAGGAGAUGUGGUGGUGGCAUUAGAGUACGUACAGGAGGAUGUUGUCGGGUUGGCGGAGGCUGCAGGGUUCGUGGAUGUUGUCGGCCUCGUGGAUGUUGUCGGGUUGGUGGAUGUUGUCGGGCUCGUGGAUGUUGUCGGGCUCGUGGAUGUUGUCGGGCUGGUGGAUGUUGUCAGGCUCGUGUUUGUAGUGCGUGCCAUCCUGCUUCUGGAUAA